AAGAAUCUAGAAUACUCGUGUGAAUUCACGUGUGAUAACAGUGCUCGAGACCGCCGUCAAAAUGCAACUUUAUAAAGAAGCAACACGGACAAUUCAACGAUUUAAAGAGUGUUGUGGAUUGUUGAGGUUCCAUCAAACUCUCAGACGUCAUAAAAGUAGUAGAUACAGCGACACGUUGAAUUUACCAAACACUUCUUUUGAGCUAUGGGGUGCAGGAAAGAGGGAGCAGUCAGUUCAAUCGGCUUGUGGAUUCAGUGAGCUGUAUGCGUGGCAGAGGGACAGUCUGAGAGAGAAGAAUUUUACCUUACAUGAUGGUCCACCAUACGCUAAUGGAGAUGUGCACGUUGGUCAUGCUUUGAAUAAGAUUCUGAAAGAUAUCAUCAACCGUUACAAGUUGAUGAGAGGAUACAAGGUUCACUAUGUACCUGGAUGGGACUGCCAUGGACUUCCCAUUGAACUCAAAGCUCUCACAGAGUCCAAGGAAGAUUUUAGAAAGCUUUCUGCUUUGCAAAUUAGAUAUCAAGCUAGAAAAUUUGCAUUGAAAGCGAUUGAGAGCCAGAUGACUGCAUUCAAGAGAUGGGGGAUCAUGGCAGACUGGGAUAAUUGUUACUACACAUUCGACAAAGAAUAUGAAGCGUCACAACUACAACUCUUCCAUGACAUGUAUCAGAAGGGUUUCAUCUAUAGGGACGUAAAACCUGUCAACUGGUCUCCAUCAUCAAGAACUGCACUAGCUGAGGCUGAAUUGGAAUACAACCCUCAUCAUAUCUCGCCAGCCAUCUAUGUCAAGUUUUCCAUCCAUGCUCCAUCAACUCUGCUAGCUGAUGCCUUGGGCAAUACAGACAAUGCAGCUGUUGUUAUAUGGACUACAACCCCCUGGACUAUUCCAGCCAAUCAGGCGGUCUGUUACAUGGCUGAUAAAGACUACUGCUUGUUGGAAUGCAAGGGGACUGAUGAUAGACUGAUAAUUGCUUCCGAUAGAGUAGCAGAUCUGAAAGAAGUUUGGGGAAGAGAUCUCAGGAUUAUUACGACUUUCUCAGGAAGAUGCCUUGAAGGGUGUUCCCUGUAUCAUCCGUUGGAUCCAUGUCAUCAUGUGCCAUUACUUGCUGCUAACCAUGUCAAGAUGGGUUUGGGUACCGGUCUGAUUCACACUGCCCCAGCACAUGGUGCAGAAGACUAUGGAGUAGCAAUACAGCACAACCUCAAAGUGACAUGCCAGGUAGACAGCGAGGGGUUCUAUACCGAUGAUUUAAGGGAGGAACUGAGAGGAAAGAAUGUUCUUCUGGAUGCAAACCAAACAGUAAUCGACAUGCUGGCAUCAUCCAAGAAUCUACUUCAUCAGGAGGACUAUGAACAUAGUUACCCAUAUGACUGGAGAACUAAGAAACCUAUCAUCAUCAGGGCUAGUAAACAGUGGUUUAUCAAUACUGCUAGUCUUCGAGAUACAGCCUCGGAGUGUCUAGAUGAGAUCGAUAUGAGACCAGUGUAUGGAAGAGCUACAAUGCGAACUCAGCUGGCAGCUAGGACCUUUUGGUGUAUAUCACGGCAAAGAGUCUGGGGCGUACCCAUCCCUGUUGUCUAUAACAAACAUACCGAUGAGCCUAUACUUACCAAGGAACUUGUAGAUCAUGUGACUGAUCUAGUGAUGCAUCAUGGGAGUGAUUGCUGGUGGAAGCUGAGCAAAGAUCAAAUAGUUCCUCAGAAUAUUUUAAAUCAGUUUGAUCUCUGUCUAGAUGACGUAGUGCUGGGUGAAGACAUCUUGGAUAUUUGGUUUGAUAGUGGUACUUCAUGGUCUCAUGUUUUAAAAGAUGCAGGCCAUCAGGCUGAUGUUUAUAUAGAGGGUGAGGAUCAAUAUGGAGCAUGGUUCCAGACCAGUUUACUCACCAGCGUAGCUGCACAAGGCACUGCUCCUUAUAGGUCUGUUUUGGUACACGGGUUUGCAUUAGAUGCAGAAGGACGUAAGAUGUCAAAAUCCCUCGGGAACGUUGUUAACCCUGAUGUCAUUGUGGGCGGUGGGAAGAACAAAAAGAAGGAGCCAGCUUACGGAGCAGACGUUCUAAGAUGGCGAAUGGCUGACUCUGAUUGGAUGGGUCGUAUCAACGUCGGACCUGACCUCUUUGCAAUGACCAAUCAGAACAUCAUAAAGCUACGCAAUACAUUCCGCUACUUCCUAGGAAACCUGUCCGACUUCAAGCCAAGCGAGGGUGCAGUUGAGACGACACCGUUGGAUCGAUACAUGCUUCAUCUGCUUCAUGAAUACAGUGAUCACGUGACGAGAGCGUAUGAGGAUUAUGAAUUCAGUGAAGUGACAAGAAGCGCUAUGGAUCUGGUUCAUAACAAGAUUUCGUCUUUUUAUCUAGAGACAGUGAAGGAUAGGUUAUACUGUGAGAGAGGAGAUAGUGAGAAGAGACGUUCAUGUCAGACAGUACUCCAUCAUAUGCUGGAGGUCAUCUCAAGGUCGUUAGCUCCCAUCGUACCACAUCUAGCAGAAGAAGUACAUCUUCAUUACUCCAAACAACAAGAAGGAGCAGGAAGUGUGUUCAAAUCUGGCUGGAUGACCCCUGACCCUGAGUGGUAUCAACCUCAUCUAGCGAACCAAUGGGACGCCCUCACAGUCCUACGAGAGACAUACCACAGUGCCAUCCAGGCUCCCAAGAGCAGAGAGUAUGAUGUCUCUAUCUACACACAGGAUGCCCAAGUGCUACAUCUUCUCCAGUUACUUCAAGAAGAAGAGACCAGCUGCGAAUCAGAUCUGUCUGAGUUUCUGAUGUCAUCCUUCACAACUAUUGCCAUGGGAAACCCUCCAAUAGAUAUUCCAGAUGGAUGUAAGGUGGUAUCUACACAGCUUCCUAUACCAGAUGAUCUGACCAAGCUAAUGACGUGUAGUCUCGUCAUCCAGCCUGCUACCCAUUUUCGUUGCAAUCGAUGCAGGAAGCACACUGCCAUGGAAGCUAACAGACUCUGUGUACGCUGUACCUCAUCUCUUACUCAAGGCUGGGAAUGAGUCUAAUGACGUGUAGUCUCUUCAUCCAGCCUGCUACCCAUUUUCGUUGCAAUCGAUGCAGGAAGCACACUGCCUUGGAAGCUAACAGACUCUGUGUACGCUGUACCUCAUCUCUUACUCAAGGUUGGGAAUGAGUCUAAUUGCUUGUAGUCCCUUUAUCUCACAAGGUGCUCAUAUUCAUAGAGGUGUCGUGAACGAGUGGAUAUGUCACCGGACUUAGGAUCACAAGGUCUGCGGUUCAAGUCCC